AUGGUGAACGUAUUAGUUACUCUCUUUGUCUGCGGACUGGUACUCGCUGAUGCCGCACAAGUAAAAGACGGGGAUGUUCCACAGGAGUACCAGCGUCUAAUGGAGUGGCGCUCGCUGGGAGUUGAGUUUGCCGAACAUUUCCGCAAUGCAACGCUCUCGGACUUGGAUCUAUUUCACCCACGAGUACCCAGUCAAGAGGAUCUGCUGUGUCUGGCGGACAUGGCUCAGUUCAUGCAGGCACUCACUACUGGAAAAUUGUGGGCCCUGAAGAUGAUCGAUGCCUGGGGCUCCAUUCCUUCGGGUCUACUUAACGGCAACAUCUUUGACCUGGGUAACUUCGAUGAGUGUGUCAAGAUCAGGAAGGAGAUCACCAGUAGUCACAGUAUAAAUGGAAAGUACUGUUUUCUCAAAGUGUCCGUUGGUUUUCUGCCUCAAAAUGUGGCACGUUUUACCAACAACAUGAGAAUUGCAUCAUGUUUCCCGGCGUCAUGCUCUGCCGCUCACAUAGAUGCAUUUCUGGGUCAAUUAAUGCAGAAGUUGCUCAACUCGAGUAGCAUAAGCAUGCAAAUUCGGGAGGCCACCUGUCAGACAAGUGAAUUGAAACCCUGGGAUGGAAUGACAAUUUUCACAGUUGUGCUUCUUGGCCUUAUGGGUUCUAUUGUGGCAUUGUUCACAAUGUACGACUAUUUCCUAUGCCAGGAUCAAAACCAGGUUCCUGUCGCUGUGAAGGUUUUCUCGGCACGUGCCAGUUCCCGAGCCCUCUUCCGCAUUGUUGACAGCAAAUCGAAUCCGAAUAUUAUCAGUUGCCUGGAUGGAAUACGAUGCUUGUCACUCAUAUGGGUGGUAUUUGGACAUGAAUUCGGAUAUGCAGCAAGCUCUCCAAAUAUAAAUAACCUGGAUCUGGUUACGUGGCUCGUGGAACCUUUUUCUAGCUUUAUUCUGUACGCAUAUUUCUCGGUGGACUCAUUUUUUUUUAUUGGUGGCCUUCUAGUGGCAAUGGUUGCCCUUCGAUCAAUGGAAAAAUCCAAGGGAAAGCUGAAUGUGCCGUUGAUGUACCUGCAUCGGUUCAUUCGAAUUGUUCCGAUCUUGGCAGUGGCCAUUCUUGUGUAUAUGAAUCUGAUGACUGUUAUCACGGACGGGCCGUUGGCAUAUAGGGAGUAUCAUGGCAAAGAAGCAUGCGAAAAAGGAUGGUUCUGGACCCUGUUGUGUGUGCAAAACUAUGCAACAAGCAAUAUUUGCCUUGAUCAUUCCUGGUACUUGGCCGUAGAUAUGCAACUAUACAUCAUCUCUCCCCUUCUCCUGAUUGCUCUCUAUAAGUGGGGAAAGAAGGCAGCAGCUGGCAUUGCGGUGCUGGUGCUCCUAGUCUCUUCUUGUCUUUUUGCCACAAUGAUGAUCAACAACUAUUCAAUGCUCACCAAGAACGGAACGGGAGGAGAUGCCAGUAAGAAAGUCUACUCUGCCACGCACACGCAUGCGGCUCCAUGGCUGAUUGGAUUUCUUUUCGGGUAUUUCUUGCACUUGAAUCGGGGAAAGAAAUUCCAGUUAAGCCGGAUUGCCGUGUGGUCUGGAUGGGUGCUUAGCCUUGCCAUGAUCUUCACUUCGAUCUUCGCCAUGUAUCCUGCUGCCCAGUGGAGUGCUCCGCCGUUGUCCACUCUCGAGGAGUCUUUCUACUACACACUCACCCGAGUGGGCUGGCCUCUAGCUCUAUGCUGGAUCGUCUUCGCCUGCAUGCAGGGCUAUGGUGGUUUGGCCAACAGUUUCCUAUCCUCUCCAUUGUGGCAGCCCCUCUCGAGACUCUCCUAUUCUGUGUACAUGUGGCAUAUGUUUAUGCAAGAAAUGAACCUCAGACUCACCCGGACGAAUACAUAUUUUUCGGACUACAAUGUGAUGCGUGACUUCUGGUCCGUCUUUGGAUUCACUCUAUUGAUUUCGUAUGCAUUGUACAUUACAAUUGAGGCUCCUUUGGGCGGACUCGGUAAUCUUAUACGACCCCAGAGGAAAACUAUUAUGCAGCCCUUAGCUCCAAGCGAACAAAUCAAAACGUCAGCCGAUGUCCAGCCACUUGAAUUAAAUGACAGAAGGAACCUGGUUGAGCACGAAGUGCCCAGGAUAGAGGAAACAGCGAUUGCCUCAGAAAAGCAAUAGAUGCCAAUAAUUAAAUGUUUUUUAGUGAAUACAGGAUGCUUUCCCCCUAUACGUAUUGUUCUCAUAUAAUUUGUUCUACAGACAGUUAUGGCAACAUCGACUCGGAUUUUGA